UGUGCUGAAGAAGGGGUCAGGAUACUUGGUGAAGGGAAAUUUCUGGUAUCUGACAGUUUUCCAGGAAAUGAAAGGACCAAAUACUGCCUCACUUCAAAGAUACCUCUAGGGGUUAUUUUAGCCAUUCCACCCUUCAACUAUCCUGUCAAUCUCGCUGUUUCAAAAAUUGGUCCUGCACUUGUUGCUGGGAAUUCUCUUGUACUCAAGCCUCCUACCCAGGGUGCUGUAGCUGCACUUCACAUGGUGCACUGCUUUCAUUUAGCUGGUUUCCCAAAAGGUCUAAUUAGCUGUGUUACUGGAAAAGGGUCUGAGAUUGGCGACUUCCUUACAAUGCAUCCUGGGGUCAACUGUAUUAGCUUCACUGGUGGAGACACUGGAAUCGCAAUUUCAAAGAAAGCAGGCAUGAUCCCUCUUCAGAUGGAACUGGGUGGAAAGGAUGCCUGUAUCAUACUUGAAGAUGCUGAUUUGGAUUUGGCAGCCGCUAACAUUGUGAAAGGAGGCUUUUCUUACAGUGGUCAAAGAUGCACAGCUGUGAAGGUUGUGUUGGUCAUGGAUUCUGUGGCUGAUGCUCUUGUUGAUAAAGUUAAAGCUAAAGUUGGGAAACUGACUGUUGGCCCACCGGAAGACGACUGUGACAUCACUCCAGUUGUUACAGAAUCAUCUGCUAACUUCAUUGAAGGAUUAGUCAUGGAUGCCCAGCGGAAAGGGGCUACAUUCUGCCAAGAGUACAAGAGGGCUGGCAACCUUAUAUGGCCGCUAUUAUUAGAUAAUGUUCGUCCUGAUAUGAGAAUAGCAUGGGAGGAGCCAUUUGGUCCCGUUUUGCCUGUUAUACGGAUCAACUCGGUUGAAGAAGGAAUUCAUCAUUGUAAUGCUAGCAAUUUUGGCCUGCAGGGUUGUGUCUUUACUAGAGAUAUAAACAAAGCAAUUCUGAUCAGUGAUGCAAUGGAGACUGGAACAGUUCAGAUUAAUUCGGCUCCAGCUCGGGGACCAGAUCAUUUUCCUUUCCAGGGUCUGAAGGACAGCGGCAUUGGUUCCCAAGGAAUCACCAACAGCAUCAACAUGAUGACAAAGAUCAAGACAACUGUGAUUAACUUACCUACACCUUCCUACACGAUGGGUUGAUGUGAAAAUUGGAAUAAAACCAUUGAUACUCUGUUCCCAUGUAUAUUAGCUAAGCAAUAAAAAAGUUCUCAUGCUUUUGUCUGGUUAUCUGUAAUAAAAAAAAAAAAAAGGAAAAGCAGUGAGAUGAGUGUUGGUCAACUUGCAUAAAGUUGUAAUGAAUCUUCUCUAAGCAGUAGAAAUGUAAUAAAUGAUGAAGAUCUUCUUCUUCUUCCUCU